AUGACGUCACAGAAUCGUUACUCGCAAAAUGGCUGUUGCUAAAUCUUUAGUUACAAAACGUAUCAGUGAGAAACUUGCUCCGUCUAAAGCAUUGCAAGACGCAAAAGAGAAGCUAGGUCCUGUUUAUUUUGAUGCCAAACUCGUGGAAUGUCCCCAGAAUGCUGUGGAAUUGGCGAAACUCCUAAAUAAUUUAGAUGAACUUGAUAAACAACGUAUGAAGAUUCUAGACGAAGCAAAGAAAAACCAAAGAAUUCUACUCCAAACACUGCAGUCUAGAUAUACUUUUUCAAAAUCUUCUCCAACGCUUUCAGCCAAUCAAAGCAUUCGUGACAUCAAACUUCCACCCCCUGGAUUUCGUUAUCAUGCCAACGGAGAUCCUAAACUGUCAUUACUGGAAUCUCGUGGAGAAAGUCCAUACCCUCAGGAAACAAGUUUUCAAAAUAUCACUGAACACGAUGACGUGUUGCUAAAGCAGACGUUCAUUGCAUCGGAUAGUAACUUACAUCAACUACAGAAAGCGCGGAAUGCUGACGAAGAAUCGACUGAUCUUGAAGAAGAAAUAAAGGAAGUCGAGAAUCUGAUAAGAGAAAUUGAAAAAGAUUUGAAGCGGAGCAAGAUAAGUGUGCAUGAUAUUGGUUCAGCUCGAGAGAAAGCCAUGUCUUUUCUAAGAGCGCAUUCUCACGGAGCAGAUGCUUUGGCAAAAAGUAUCUCCGAACCCCUGUCCUUCUCUAAACCAAACGAUAGGUUUCCUUUUCAGCCAGGGACAUCUACAUUUGCAUCCAAGAAAAGUUCUCCAACAUUAAAAGAGAGGCCAAAAUCUACAUCCCAUUCCAGUUGUAUUGCAUGUCAGUAUAAACUUAAACACUCUAGCGAAGACUUUAAGCGGUUAACAGACAAUAUUAAUGGAUUAAAAUUCAAAAAAUGGAAUAUUGCUCCAAGUGGCACUUUGGUCAAAUCCCCAUCUUUGAAGAUACCCGUUAAAUCUUCGAUCUUACAGUCUAGCAGUUCCUCCAAAUCCAAAAUUUCACCUACUAAUCGAGUGACUUUCAACCUGGACAAAGGUACCAAAAGCGAAGCACUGAUGAAAACUAGACCAAAGUCCUCGAUCGAUUCCAAAGUCCCUACAGAACAAGCUUGUGGUACUAGGUUGACGCAGAGUGCUUUGUCCUACAGAGGCAGAUCAGGGUCCGCUUUGUUUGACCAUCGCUCUGUCAUUGAGGCAUGGAAAGAGAUUACGGAGGAAGAAACUCAGCAUUGUAACGAGAAAGUUAAAAGGUUCCUUGAAUCUUUGCAGAAACAUCCAUCAUGAACGAAAAUUAAUGGGCUUCUUUAUACAGCUAGGAUUAAACUAAAUAAAAAAAAAUGAAAAAAAGAUAUAUACCAAUACUUUUUUCAAUGCAUACAUGUACUUUUGCACUAUUGCACACACCUAUAAUAUGUUCUUUA